AUGAAUGAGAUCUCAGAAUCCCAGAUACACAGCUGCCCCUGGUCAGACCACGACGCGGUAUCCUUCUCAUUGAGUGAGGGAAGUUAUACAUCAAAUAGGCCUACAUGGAAAUUUCCUAGAUCCCUAUGGGAUGACAACACCUUCCUACAAAAAAUCUCCGAUAAAGUUGAGGAAUUCCUCUUAAAUAACCCGGCUGGCCAAACCUCUCAUCAAAUUAGAUGGGCUGCCUUAAAAGCGUUUAUCCGAGGUUUUUGCAUAGCUACAUUAACAGCUCAAAGGAAAAAAUGGGGUGCUCCCCUAGGAAAAUUAGUAUGUGAUCUUCGAAUAAAAGAAAAGUUAAACAAACAGGCUCCCUCCACUGAGCUAUCCGCUGAUAUUUUGUAUCUGAAAGACCAGAUUAAGGCUUUGGAAACAGAGAGAAUUAAAAAGGCUAUCUCGAAAUUUAAACUUACUAUGUACUAUAAGAGCAAUAAAGCGGACUCUUUGCUAGCAAAGAAACUCAAAAACCAUGCAGCAGCCUCAAGGAUUCCUUAUCUUAGCCAAAAUGGUCAUAAGGUGUACGCGCCAGAUGACAUCGGCAAAUCUUUUGCUGAGUUUUAUGAGACCCUUUACAAUAUCGAAAAAGUUGAGAAGCCGAUUAUGGCAUCGGUUAAUGACAUAUCUGCUUUUCUCCGUACUUUAAAGUUGCCUUCAUUAUCUGAAGCGGAUGGCAAUAAGCUGAUAGAACCUUUUUCUAUAUCUGAAAUUCAAGAGACAAUUAAACAGAUAAAGAACAAUAAAGCACCGGGCCCUGACGGGUUUACUGGUCAGUUUUACAAAAAAUUAAGCCCCAAACUACUGCAAACUCUAUGCCAGGUUUUCAAUGAGAUUAGUUUCACGUCUUCUUUAGCCUCUCUGAACAAUCGAUUCUUGUAUCCUUCCUUUUUCCGCACUACUAGUAGUGAUGACAACCAGGCCAAGGCCUUGGCCCAACUAGUGUCUUACAUGGGCUGGAAAUGGGUUGGUUUGUUGUCUCUUGAAGAAGAAUAUGGAAUCUUGGGUUCCCAAGUCCUUAAACAAGAACUUCAGAUAUUAGGUGUAUGCAUUGCUUACCAUGAGACUUUUGGACCAAGGUCUUCUUUCAUAAAGAUGCAGUAUAUCACUGAUAUAGUCAUUCAGUCAUCAGCAAAAGUGGUUAUAGUCUUCUCUAGGGAUCCAGUCACCAAUCCACUAGUAGAGUUAUUGGUACAGAAAGGAGUGACAGAUCGAAUUUGGGUGGCUUGUGAUGGAUGGUCAAACUCUGUCAUUCUCUCUAUUUCAAAGUUUAGUCAAACAAUGAAAGGUACUAUUGGUUUGACAUUGCAUGAAGUGGAUAUGCCAGGGUUAAAGGAGUUUUUACUUGCCAUACGUCCAUUCAAUGUUCUUCCAGAUGACAUCUUUAUAAAGAAAAUGUGGGAGAUUGUCCAGGGCUGUCGAUGGCCUGAAGCUGAAGUGUAUGCAAAAAAUGAAACAGUUUGGUGCACUGGUGAAGAAAAACUGGAGAGAUUCAAGGGUACUGAUUAUGAGUUUAAUGAAUAUGACUUUAGUACAUCCUAUCUAAUAUACAAUGCAGUAUAUGCAGUUGCUAAUGCCCUACAUGAGCUUAUCUUUUGUGUGCCUGGCAAGGGACUGUCACCAGAAUGUGCAGAUCCGAAGACUAUAAAUCCAUGGCAGAUUGUUCACUACUUGAAGAAAGUGAACUUCACAAACAAGAUGGGAGAACAGAUGUACUUCAACCAAUAUGGGACAACACCAACUGACUAUGAUGUCGUGAACUGGCAAAGACAAGACGAUGGCGCCAUUAAGUUUGUGAAUGUUGGACGUUACAAUGGGCGAAAUCCAAAAGGGAAUGAAUUAAACAUCAAUUUGAGUGCCAUCCAGUGGAAAACAGGUGUAGAGCUCCCUCGUUCAGUAUGCAGUGAGAGUUGCUCUCCAGGAUUUCAUAAGGCUGCACAAAAAGGUCAACCAAUUUGUUGCUUCGACUGCAUCCCUUGUUUUGAAGGGGAAAUAUCCAAUGAAACAGAUUCUACUUACUGUUUCCCAUGUCCUGAGGAGGCUUGGCCCAGUAGGAACAAAACCAUAUGUGUACCAAAAGCAUUAGAAUUUUUGUCCUUUGGGGAUGCCCUUGGCCUCACUUUGACGUUAGUUGUCCUUUUUUGCUGCAUUACUACCAUGAGCAUCUUGUGUGUUUUCAUCACAUACAGAGAUACAGCAAUUGUCAUAGCCAACAAUCGUGAUCUCACCUACCUUCUUCUUGUCUGUCUGUUCUGUGGUUUCCUCUGCUCUCUACUGUUUAUUGGAGAACCUGGUCAACUUACAUGCCUACUGCGUCAGGUGGCCUUUGGAAUUAUUUUUGCAUUUAGUGUAUCCUGUGUCUUAGCCAAAACACUUAUGGUUGUCAUUGCCUUCCGGGCUACCAAACCUGGUAGUAAUAUGCGUAAAUGGAUGGGAACCAGAGUCCCUGCAUCAACUGUCUUCAUCUGCACAAUUCUACAAGUCUUUAUUUGUAUCUGCUGGUUGUACAUAUGUCCUCCUUUUCCUGAGAAGAACAUGAAAAUCAAGACUGGAGUUAUUAUUUUUCAGUGUAAUGACUGUUUCGAGGCUCUUCUGUGGUGUAUGUUAGGAUAUAUGGCAUUUCUUGCCUGUGUUUGUUUUGUUGUGGCAUUUCUUGCCAGGAACUUACCAGAUAGCUUUAAUGAAGCCAAAUGGAUUACCUUCUCUAUGCUGAUUUUCCUGAGUGUUUGGGUCUCAUUUGUUCCAGCUUAUCUUAGUACACAAGGUAGAUAUAUGGUAUCAGUUGAGGUUUUUGCCAUAAUUUCAUCGAGUGCUGGGAUACUGGUUUGCAUAUUUAUCCCCAAAUGUUAUAUCAUAUUACUAAGACCUGACAUGAACACUCGAGGGAACAUUCUAGUCAGAGGGUCAUCUCAGAAGGCAUAA